AUUUAGAGAUCGUGCUUGGCCAAUGCUAUGAUAGCCUGUUGGCUGAGUAGUGGUCGGUAUAAUCACAAGACUGGACGUGUCGUGCACAUGAGGUGGUCCGCUGGUCAGUUGAAGUAGGGGGUGGUUUGAAAGUGAUACGCUGUAAAUUUGAUUAUUUCAGGGGUUUUAAGUAUCCUAUGGGCUUGUUUGUCUCUCAUAACGUGGAAGAUUCAUGGGGCGCGAGAUAAUGGAUUGUAGGUUCGUCGGCUAUGCCCAUGGUUCAUCAAGAUGGAGAGAAAAAAUUACGCUUGGCUCCGAGCUUUACUGACAAUGUGGUGGAACGAAGGUGGGGAUAUGGUUUACAAAGCAAGCCAGUGUAGUGUUUUUGUCACUGCCAAGAGCAUCCUGGGAUGUCUGCUGCGCAUUUGGGGACUGCGCAGGGGCGCUCACAUAUAAACUAACACCAGCCCAUGUGACGCCCCAGAUCCCGGUAGAUCUUCACCAGUGAAGAAGUACAAAGCUCCUCCAAGUUGACGUACUCUCACAGCAUAGUGCCACACAUUAACAGAAGGACCAGGCAAUACUCUCAGGUACUUCGGUGCAUGGUGCACAUUUCUCAGGUAAAAAGGUUUCCUCAUCUUUUAUUCCCAUACCUUCUGGUAUUGGGAAUAUUUCCUCUCAUCACCAUUCUCGUCUUUCUACUCCGCAGUCUGAAUUGUCUACUACCUCAUCUGAGGAAUCACUUGAUUCUACAGCACAAGGUGAAAGUUUUCAUAAAAAGCACUCUUUUUCACACUUGUCCAAGGGUAAAAAACAACACACACCCUUCCAGAUGAUGUGGACUUUUCACAUCCACCCUUUAUUUCGCACGGUCAAGCACAGAAAAUCGCACCAUCUUUAUCAGGCAAUAAACACCCAUCUUAUUUAAGACCUGAACCUCAAGGUCGUCAGAGACCUGUUUACUACAUAACCGGAGAAGAAGAUGAUGACGCUCCCAUUUUUAUACGGCCAACAAAAUCUUUUAAAAUUAAAAAAGAUAGGGGUGAUCCAAAAGAUCUACCCAAAAACUUACAUUUUGAUGGAAAAAAUAAUUGGGAAGCGUUCAGACAUCGCUUUGAAAGUUAUAGGGAUGUAAAUGAAUGGUCUGACAACCAGUGUAAGGAUUACCUUUCCUGGAGCCUUGAGGGUAGGGCCUUAAGCUUUUUUACAAAAUUUACUCGUGAUUGGGAUAAAUAUUCCUAUCAGCAAAUCAUGAGUAAAUUAGAGUCUGUUUUUGGUACGGAGUUCCUACCAGAGACGGCUCGGGCUGAAUUCCAUCAAUCAGUCCAACUACCUACUGAAACACUCAAUGAUUGGGCUUGUCGCGUAAUGAGUUUGGUCACUGAUGCCUAUCCGGAUCUCCCAGAUUCUUUCACUGUUAAAGAGGCUAUUACUAAAUUCUGUCAAGGCUGCCUAGAUCCGGAAGCAGGUAAACAUGCCCGUCUUUCACAUCCCAUUUCCAUGGAAGACGCCAUCAAUAAAGUUCGCUACUAUCAGCAUGUCUGUCAGGAUUCCUCUGAUACCAAAAAGCGUGGGAGAAAAUCUCGUGACGAUUUGGUUAUUAAUCAGGUGGAACCCGAGCAGUCUGUUGAUGAUAGUGAACCCCCAUCAAAAAUUGAACAACUGUUGGAAAGCAUUUUAGAAACACAAACCCAAAUUUUAAAGCCCCCUGAACAACCCUCAGUCAAUUCCCUCGAAAUUAAAUCUUUAGAAGACCUUGAAAAAAUAAUAGAACAAGUCAUUUUAAAACACAAAUCAAUUGAAUCGGCCUCUCAGUCAAAAAGACCUGUACAGACUUGUUAUUUUUGCCAAAAACCCAACCAUUUUAAGAGGGAUUGUCCAAAGUAUAAAUUUUGGUUAAAAAAGCAAAAAGCAAAAUUGGCCCAAUCCAACAGUGUAGAUUACAAUUUAAAAGCCUAGGGGCCAGGGUAAUUGACCGUAUCCCUGGUACCCCUUCCCUCCACGGUCAAUCAGUGACUCAAACCAUGCCUAACUCCGUCAUGCAUGAAAGAGUGAAUCUUGCUAGUGGUUCUACUGCCUCUACUCACUCCAGUCAAUCCAAUAUCCAACAAUAUUCAACCCCCAUUAUGGAGUCCCAGCCUUGUAACACCCUAGGCAGUAUGCCUUUCCAUAAUGGCAGGGGGAGUGGUGGUAGUAGUUCUGCUUAUAACGAGACCAGACGUCUAGAUCCAUCUAUCCGUUCUGGAAACUCUAGAGAUCCCUCUAAUGUAAGGAGAAGGCGGGUUUACACAAACCAAAGUGCACAGCCCAUUCCGCGUGUUCAGCAGAUUUCCAUCGGGUCUUCAUUCAUUCGACUUAGAGUGGGUCAGACAGUGGUAAAUGCUAGAUUAGACACUGGGGCGGAAGCUACAGUGCUCUCUUCGAAAGUUUACAACAGUCUGAAAAACAAGCCGGCUAAACUCGAAAAUUGUAAAAUGAGAUUAGCUGGGAAUAACUCUAUGUUGAAUGGCUUUUUAAUUGAGCCAAUCUCCAUGCAAAUUGGGUCAUACCAAUUUGCUGAGCAGGUUUAUGUCGCCCCAAUUCAUGAUGAAAUGCUCCUUGGUCAUGACAUCCUCCAACACAUGGGUGCUAUCUUAGACCUCCGGGAUAAUGCGCUUGUUAUAAAUGGUGAGCGGGUCCCUGUUACUACUGAAAUAUCCAAAGGCCAAAAACCAACAAUUGCUAGAGUAACCUUAUCUCAAAAAGUAGUGGUUCCUCCAAAUUCAGUAAUGCGGGUUUCUUGUAGUAUUAGUGAGCCCUUAGAAGAGUACAUUGUAGAAUCAGUCAAUGAGGGGGGAGAGUUACUCAUUCCACGUACAUUGCAAUCUAAAACAGCAAGGCCAGUAGUAUGUAUAGUAAACCCCACUAGCCAAUUUAAAAAACUCCCUAAAGGCAAAAACAUCGCCAGCGCAUGUGAGAUUGGUCAAAUUUUAGAAAGCAAUGAAGGUUUAGAUUUCUAUCCGCAGACUGGUUCCAGUGCUUCAUACGCUUUAGCCGGUGAAACUGGAAACACCACUGCUGAAGAAACUAAACACCCGAUCAAUAAUUCACUUGAACCUUCAGACCCAACUACCUCAGUAUACGCUUUAGUCGGUGCUGUAGGUGGUAAUACUGAAGUAAAAGCAAGUGAAUUCAAUGCCCAAAAUCCAAGUAGAGCCCUGUCCAUCCCUUCUCAAGUAUACGCUUUAGUCGGUACUAAUAGAGAAAAGACAGAACUCGAUCUUGGAAGUCCUAUAUGUCCCUCACUUAGAGACCAAAAUGAUACAUCUGCAGUAGACACUUUAGCUGAUGCUGAUAGUAGUAGAUUGGUUCUCAAUCAUAGUGGGACAUAUCCCGAACAAGACAUACUUGUUAAUAGGUCCCUUUCUAAUGGUGUUUGCAUUCAAUGUGCUACACUUAAACAGGGGGGGACUGUCCCCAAAACAAGUAUUUUUCACAACAAUGACACACUUGAGAGACUGCCUGUGUUAAAGGGCCCUCGUACUUCGCGUACUUUUUCCAUCCGCGGCAGGUCAGUUCUUGAAAGUGAAAACCCGAAUUGUGACUCACUCGAUACACAGUUAAAGAACCUGAAUCACUGCUGUCUGUGUGGUGUUUAUUUGGGAGAUUCGACUGUAAAUUCGAGUGAAUUUCGCGUAAAUUCUGUAACCGAGCAGCAAAGUCUACAUGAUGCAAAGUCCUGGGAAAAUGCAGACUCAAUCUUGUCAAAGAUACCUGAUCAUGUAAAAUCAGUUUUUGAAACAUCUAAACAAAAUUUAACUGCAAGUCAGCAAUGUCAUCUUGCUCAAAUUCUCAUAGAAUUUCAAGACGUUUUUGCAAAAAAUGAAUAUGAUCUGGGUGACUUUGAUGCCAUUGAGCAUGGCAUUGACACUGGCCAAGCUCAACCCAUAAAACUACGUAUGCGGAGGACUCCUGCGUGUUUUGUUGAGGAAGAGGAAGCGCAUCUAAAUAAGAUGUUAAAGGCUGGUGUAAUCCAGGAAUCGACAUCAGACUGGGCUGCAGCACCGGUGUUAAUCAGAAAACGCGAUGGUUCGGUGCGUUGGUGCAUAGAUUAUCGCGCACUGAACAACGUAACUGUCAAGGAUACAUACCCGUUACCUCUAAUGGAAGAUUGUCUGGAUACACUUUCUGGUAAGACCUGGUUCUCCAAGUUGGAUGCCAAUUCAGCGUACUGGCAGAUUAAGGUUAAAAAGGAAGAUCGUAAAAAGACAGCUUUCAUUACGAAGUAUGGUCUGUUCGAGCAUGUGCGCAUGGGCUUCGGUCUUACUAACGCGCCCGCGACGUAUUCGCGUGUAGUCAAUCUGUUGAUGAGAGGGUUAACCUGGAAAACAGUUUUGGCUUUCUUGGACGACAUACUGGUAAUGGGUGAAUCCUUUGAUAGUCACAUCAUAAACCUUAAAGAGGCAUUGGGGAGAUUCCGCUUGUACAAAAUAAAACUCAAGCCAAAAAAGUGUUUAUUCUUUCAAACUGAAAUUGAGUUCCUAGGGAGAAUUGUUUCACAAAACUCCAUCAAAAUGAAUCCUAGGGACAUAAACACAGUUAUAUCUUGGCCAAAACCCUCCAAUACUAAAGAGUUGGAAAAAUUUCUAGGGUUGGUUAAUUACCACAGGGGUUUUAUUAAAAACUUUGCAGAACUCUCACAGCCUCUUUAUAAACUCACGGGCAAACGCCCAUUCAUCUGGGGUCCAGACCAAACGAGAGCAUUCGAAGCAUUAAAGAGAGCAUUAACCACACCACCGGUUUUAGCACUCCCUAAUAACAGUGAUCCUUUCAUCUUGGACACGGACGCUUCUGAAAAUGCUAUUGGUGCAGAAUUACUCCAAGUUCAGAACGGGGAAGAAAAAGUAAUUGCCUAUGGUAGCUACGUUCUAACUCCUGAACAGCGGAAUUACUGUACUACUCGUAAAGAACUUUUGAGUAUCGUGAGAUUCACGCGUCAGUUUAAGUAUUACCUUUUAGGCCGAGAUUUUACGGUACGAACAGACCACUCAAGCUUAACUUGGUUACUUCGGUUUAAGGAGCCACAGGGUCAGCUUGCUCGUUGGAUAGAAGAGCUUUCACAGUACCAUAUGAUUGUGCAACAUCGGCCAGGAGUGAAACAUCAAAAUGCAGAUGCACUGUCACGGAGGCCAGACAACUUAACACCAUGCUCUGCAUAUGUGGCAGGAAUUAAACCAGAGGACUUGCCUUGCGGGGGAUGCCAUUAUUGUACUAGAGCCCACACAUCCUGGGGAAGUUUCUUUACAGACGUAGAUGAAGCAGUGGGGCUAGCCAGGACUAAAGAUACCAAUACUACCCGCGUAAAGCAGCUCAAUUCUGUCGCACAUUUAUCUCACACUCAAACAGGUCUGGAUACCCUAGAUACAUCCCUCAAUAAAAUGGAAAAUUUCCAACUCUGCUUCAGUAUUCUUGAUACUCUAGUAGCCUUUUCCGUCGGAGAAAACUCUACUGAUCCCCAACUAUCUCGGAUAGAGAUAGUGAGGAACGGAAAUGAAAUUGGGAUCAAUACUUGUGGAACACCAUUAAGUUACCCAAAAGUAGAUUCUAGAAUUCCUUGCUGUUGGGGUUUUUCUAUUCAGUAUCUUAAAACUGAGCAAGAAAAUGAUGUAGAGCUAAAUUUUCUCAGGGAAUGGUUGCUAUCUGGGGAAAUCCCAGAUGAGGGACUUCUUUUCCGAUCUAGUCCUAUUACAAAAAAUUACUGGAUGAACAAAGAAUUAUUUCGCUUGGUUCAAGGUGUAAUUUUCUUUAAAGACCCAAAAGACCAGGAAUUAAAGCUGGUCAUUCCAGAAAGUUUAAAGGGGAAAAUUUUGGAAUUGCAUCAUGAUAUCCCAUCUUCAGGUCAUCAGGGGGUAGCUAGAACCAAGUUAAAAAUAAAAGAAAAAUUCUUUUGGUAUCAUCUAAGUAAAGAUGUCACUAGCUUUGUAUUAAGUUGUGAUGUCUGUAACCGUAACAAACGGAAGGGCUGUUAUGGAAGAGUUCCUAUGACUGAGUAUCAAUCCAGCUCACCAAUGGAACGCGUUCACAUAGACUUUAUGGGACCGUUACCUAGAACAACCCAAGGAAACGAGCAUUGUUUAGUGAUGGUGGACCAGUUUACCAAAUGGGUCGAGUGUGUGCCUUUGCCUUCUCAGAAAGCAGAAGUAACAGCUAAAGCUGCUAUUGAUAGUUUCUUUUCCAGAUUUGGAUAUCCUUUGCAGAUCUUUUCUGACCAAGGUAGAAACUUCGAGAGUACGCUUUUUACUGCACUGUGUCGCGCAUUGCACAUUCACAAAGCCCGUACUACACCGUAUAGACCCUCAGCUAACGGCCAAGUUGAACGAUAUAACCGAACCAUCAUGGAGGCUGUCAGGUGCUUCGUUGGUAAACAACAACAUGAAUGGGAUAGGUAUAUCCAACAAAUUGCUGGAGCGUUAAGGUCAUCGGUAAAUAGGGAUACUGGUUUUACUCCUAACAUGCUUAUGCUGGGUAGGGAGGUUAACACCCCUGCUCAAUUAAUGUUUCCCAUUAUAACAUCUACGGCCCAAGAUUAUGGUGAAUAUGUUUCUAAAUUCAUUCUUAAAACCCAGCAGGCUCACCAAAUUGCUAGGGAUAGGUUAAAAACAACAACCAAAAGAAUGAAACGGGAUUACGACCUCAAAAUCUUAUUAAGGCCUUACGCUGAAAAAGAUCUUGUGUACAUCAUGGACACAGCGAUAUGGCAGCUGGCAGGAACAUAGUGGAUGAGUUGGAGUUCUUACUCCCCAUGAAGCAGGUCCCUUUCAUUGAGGGGAGGGAGAUGGUAACCGAGUUGGUUGCACUCUACCCAUUACCUGAUCAGCAACAACAAAUAAGAGACUGGGUGGCGAAGGCAGCUAAAGUCCAAAAGGCCAAGCUGAAAGGGAAGGACCAUGGGUAUGCUCUGCACUGGCUAAAGGAUGUGGCUUGGGAAAUGAAGGCCCAGAAUCUAGCUUCCGUAUCGUGGCUUAAAUCGGCUGUGAUUAGACCACCACCUGGACCUGUGUCCAAACCCAAAGCGGGUCCCGGCAAGGGCUCUAGCUCCGCUAGUGUACUUGCUGGUCCGUCGAGGGAUAUUAGGGUGGGGGUUGAUCCCACAGUUCAGAUUCAUUCCUACGAGGUCAAGGGUAGUGAUGGCAAUAGUGAGAGUGUAACAACAUCUGCACCUGUUAUUGUCAAAUCGGAGCCAAUGGAGGUGGAGACAGUAGCUGAGACCCCAGAAGCCGGUGAACCUGUGAUCAUUGAUCUCACGGAUCCGGUGUAUGAGGAAUCAUGUGAAUGUCAGAAACCCCUUGUCUCUGAUAUCACCCCUUGUCCAGGAACUAGUUCUGUGGAGAUAGUGACCCCUGUCGUGUCUGAUAGUUAUGAGUGUAUUCCAUCUACU